AAGUUUUCAGUUUGCUGUUGACGGUAUGAUUGUUGUUGACGGUAUGAUUCCACACAAACGAUAGUGCCAUCAAUCGUGCCGCACGCCUCCUUUUAUCACAUUCGGCACAAAUACGCGUCGACAGAGCCGUGGCCGCGAGCAUUUCUCAUUGCGCGGUUCGAUAUCAAAGUUAAAUAAUACAAACAAUACCCAUAAAAAGAUUACAAAAAUACUAUGCCGGUAUGGUACAACAACAUCAAUUUAUUAAUUACACAAAUAUCGAAUACAUUUUUAUCUCUGGUUUCUCCUUCGCUCCGGUCAGAAAGUUAAAGUAAUAGACAAUAACCAGUGAAUACCCAAGGCAUAUAGUGAGUGUGUACAUAAGAAACGCGUUUAUUUGAAAAGUGCAACGGCGAAAAAGUGAACAUCAAACAAUCCAUCAACUUCCCUACCAAAACGGUACUAAAUAAACUUGCGGCUUUCGACAAUCAACGCUCGCCAGAAACAUCGAUGCAUUUACGGCUGCACUGACCAAAAAGUGCGAAAUUGCCGAAGUUCGGUACUGUGUUUAUCUCCAGAUACGUGUAUGUCGAUGCGUACCGGUGUAUAAAUGUACUAAGGAAAAUAAAUAUUGGCUGGAAAACAACAAAUAUUUGCUUAAGUGCCAAGUGAAGUGAGUUGGUUGUGACCCCACACGCAUAUACAUAUGUAUGUACAUACAGAUGCGUUUUCCAUUGCUUCCCUGCUUGGUGUAAUAUUUCUGUGAAUAAUUAUUAAAACCAUCGUUCACCCAUAAUAAUCGUUUUCGUUAUAAAUUUACACCAAUGUGGUCAUUGCAAAUCCGCGGCCAGUAAAAAUAUAUAUAUACUUUUACGUGCUUACUUCUGGAUCUAAGAAAAAUUAUCCGAUAAUCGAAAUGGAUUCUUCCCGCAUUUUUAAUUGGUUAUUGACUACAGCACUCUGUCUACUCCAACUAAUAACUUCCGCCCAAUCAGAGUCAUCGCGAUUCAUCACUACGCCUCAAAGUCAAACCGUCGUAGAGGGCGAACCAAUUGUGUUUACAUGUCGGGCAAGUUCUGCCGAUGGCCUCCAAUACGCUUGGCUUCAUAAUAAUGUGCCGGUAAAAAAUUCGACUCGUGUGCGACAAUUGGAAUCGGAUCUUCACAUUGAGAGUGUGCAGCGCGAUGCCGAUGUCGGUGAUUAUGUUUGCAUAGCGACUAGCACGGCAAGCGGAGCUCGUCAAGCUUCACCCCCGGCACGACUUAAUGUAAUAUGGAUUCAGGCGGCUUCUGUGCAAUUGUUAAGCAGCAAUCACAAUGAAGUCACUCUCAAGUGCCAUGUGGAGGGCUCUUCUGGCGACGGAAUGCUCGAAAUCGAAUGGUUCCGCAACAGUGAAAAAUUGAGUACACUCAAAAAUAUUGAACUGCAACAAAAUCGACUUAUUAUACGCCAACCCAGUGCCGCAGAUAGCGGACUCUAUCGCUGUAUAGCCUCUAAUGCAGCUGGGCGUGCGAUGAGUAAGAAAGGCUACGUAUUAAAAUGGUCGAACAACAAAAGUGGUUCGUUUGAACGCGACAGCGCCAGCUUUACGUCUUCCAGCUGCAUUCCGCGACUCAAGAAAAAUCAAAAAUUGCCCAUAAACGCUAUGAAACAGAUAUUUCUUUGCCGUGGCAAGCGCGGUGAUCAGACAAGCGAAGACAAAUUACCAGCCGCUACAGAUGUUACCAUCACAAAGGGACCAGUCAGCAAGCAAGUCAAAGAGAAUGAGCCUACAGAAAUGAUUUGCCUACAUUCAGUACCGGAAAAAUAUCAUCAAGUGCAGUUACGGUGGCGAAAGGACGGUAAAAUAUUUCGUAUGGUGGAACUCGGUGCAUCUGCUCCCUCAUCCAUGUCUGCACCCACUGAAACCGGCAAGGAAUUGGCACCACGAGAAGAUACUCGCAUAGUGCUCAGCCGAUCUAAUGGCUCAUUGCUGUUCAGCAAUGUGUUUGCAAGCGAUGCCGGGCAAUAUGUUUGUCAAAUCUACGUGGACGGUCUUCGCCCCAUUACUUCGGAACCUGCCGAGCUACAAGUCAUCGAACAGUUAAAGUUCAUGCCGCAACCGACGUCAAAAAACUUAGAACUGGGUAGUGUUGGGAAGGUGCAUUGCAAGGCGCAAGGAACUCCAUCGCCCAAUGUCAAAUGGAUACGGGAACCUGGUGCUCAAUUGCCCGAGGCAAUCGAUGACAUCAACGGUACCUUAAUAUUCAAGAACGUCAGUGCUGAGCUCCGCGGCAACUACACCUGUGUGGCGAGCAAUUCGCAAGGUCAUAUCAAUGCCACUGUUACCGUUAAUGUAGUAGUGGCACCACGAUUCUCCGUUGCUCCCGAAGGUCCUAUCGAAACUGGUGAAAUGGGGGUGGCGGUCAUGCACUGUCAGGCAAUUGGCGAUCCCAAACCAACAAUAAAAUGGGAUAAGGACUUGAAGUAUUUAAGCGUGAAUAAUACGGACAAGAAUCGCUUUCGUUUCCUGGAGAAUGGCACGCUCGAAAUACGUGACGUACAGCCGGACGAUGAGGGUCGUUAUGGAUGUACGAUAGGUAAUAGUGCUGGACUGAAGCGCGAAGAAGUGCGAUUCGUUGUGAAAUCUUCUGAUGCAACAUCGGAAGAAUCCGGUGAUGGCUUUCUAAUUACACGAGCUGUUCUCAUCACAAUGUCAGUAGCUUUUGCUUACAUAAUUUUGGUUGUUGGUUUAAUGAUUUGGUGUCGCUUCCGUCGUCAAGCGCGUAAAGCACGCCUUAAUGAAGCGAAUAAAGAUAACCCAGAGUCCGGUGAGAUGGGCAAAUUACCCGAAAACGAGCCAUGCCUGCCAGAUCACGCUUCUUCGGGAAAAGUACGCAAAGUAAAUGGUAACAACAACCCGCGUGGCAGCGGCAAUGAAGCAGCGAAAUCCGAUGACACUGCUUGCAGUAACCACUCCAAAGGCUCAAAACGUUCGCACGCCUUGGAUCAGCUUUCCCUGCCACGUUCUGGUAUCUCUGAGUUGAUACAAAUAGGUCGCGGAGAGUUCGGUGAUGUUUUUGUGGGAAAGGUGAAAGCGUCGGUUAUUCGCCAAGUAGAUGAAAAAGAUAACGAAUCGGAAAGACACAAUGCCAGCGAUAAUAAUUGUGCAAUCACUUCAAUCGAAAAACGACGCUCGAAAACGUCAAUGGACGACAUCGAAGAGAUACGAGAAGAGCAGGAAACAGGAAGUGCCGAUGGUGAUACAACUUCUACAACAACAGAUGAAUACAAAUUAGUGUUAGUGAAGGCUUUGAAUAAGUUUAAGGAUGAAAAUAUUUGUCAGGAGUUUAAAAGGCAAAUCGAUAUGUUUCGUGCUAUUUCACAUAAAGGUGUGGUCCGAUUAUUUGGCUUAUGUCGUGAAAAAGAUCCUCAUUAUAUGGUUUUAGAAUACACCGAUUGGGGUGAUCUGAAGCAGUUUCUUCUAGCCACUGCCGGGAAAGUGAAUACUUCAAAUAAUUCUGCUCAAUCUCCUCCGCCAUUGCAGACCGGACAAAUUUUGGCGGUAGCAUACCAAAUUGCACGCGGUAUGGAUGCCAUUUAUCGGGCUCGAUUCAUACACAAGGAUUUGGCGACCCGUAACUGUGUCAUCUCUAGUGAUUUCAUUGUAAAAGUAUCAUAUCCCGCCCUAUCGAAGGAUAAAUACAGCCGCGAGUACUUCAAGCAUCGCAACACUCUUCUACCCAUUCGUUGGUUAGCACCCGAAUGCAUUCAAGAGGAUGAUUUCACAACUAAGAGUGAUAUCUUUGCAUUCGGUGUCGUUGUUUGGGAAUUAUUCAGCCAGGCCACGAAAGUACCUUUCGAAGAGCUGAGCAACGAAGAAGUCAUACAACGCAGCCAAUCGGGCAAUUUAGAUUGGGCAUGUGCAAGUGGUACACCGGACAGUCUCAAGGAUAUUUUGGUUACCUGCUGGAACUCUAACCCUAAGGAACGACCCUCAUUUAGUCAACUGUGCUCAGCGCUCAGUAAAGCAAUGCAAAACAGUGAUAAAUAAUUUUCAUACAUAAUAUUACUUCUACUUAAAAUAUGAUUUUACGUGUAAGUAACAUAUACAUAUAUACAUAUAUAUAUUUAUUUAAUUAGCUGCAUAGAUUAAUUUCGAGGGAUUUUAGUGUUAAGUCUAAAAAAUUUGAUUCCAAUAAUUAUCGGCUAAGUAGUUUCCAGAAUUCUAAAUGGUUUGAUUAUGUAAGUGUAUGUGGACUUUGACUGAGCAGUUGUGGAAAAUGUGUUAAACACAUCGAUAAAGAGUACUGGUUUAUUGCCGCCUAAAGUUUCUUAGAAAUUACCCGCCAAUCAGCUCCACAAUAUUUAUGAAACAACUGGAAGAGUACAGAUAAAUGCAUUUACUAGAUUUAACUAAUAAUCGAUUUGGUUGUACAAAAGUAUUGGACAUGCAUAUAUUUAUAGCCAGAAAUAAUGAAAAAGUAGUAUUUUAAUUACAACAUUUACAACAAACAUAUGUACAUACACAUCCACUUACCAUAUAAGAUAUUUGUGAAAUUAUUUGCAAUGUAUUGAAAACUAGGAGCAGCUACAAACCGAAACUUCCAAUUAAGUUUUCCUUAGAAUAAUUAACAUGUUUACAUAUGUACAUGUUUUAUAUGUGUGUAGGUAUAAGGUGGGUAAUGACAUCUUCUUCAAAAUGUAUUAUAUGGCAUGCGUACUUUGAGCUCAUAUUUAUUUAUUUUGUACAAUUUUUGCAGUGCAAAUGCACUUGUAGUCUUGUUUCAAUGUCCAUAUGUAUGAACUUGAUUCAGAAAUCAGCAACGAAUAAUUUAGGUUAACAUGCAAUAAGUUUAAUCAUAUCUUAGGGCUUUAUAUUAAUAAGUUACUAGCCAUUUUAAUAAGCAUACAAUCAUAAGUCAUAGAAAUUUCACUGUACAUACAACAUACAUAUGUACACAUAUAAUAUUCACAACGAUUAUUUAUUUAUGUAUAAGCGAUAUUAAAUUCAUAUAAGCAGAGUACAUCCGCAUAUAACCAGUGAAGCAUUUACAUAUAAACUAAAAAAAAAAAUCGCCCAAUCUCUUGUACAUCAAGAUUUAGAAAAAUGGUUACCACAUAGUAUUUAUCUUCAUACAUCCGUACAUCAUAUGUACAAAUACUUAACAAAAUGCCAUAAGAUAUGAGUGUAUACAUAUACAUAUGUAUUAUAAGUAUUAAAAGGAUGUAAUGAUUUAUUUAACAUUCGAAACUCUUCGAAAAGCAUCAAAAACACGAAACCGCUACCAGCCUUUUGCUAAAUAAUAAUCCUCAGUGUCCAUAUGCUUUCCACAAAACUGAUUAAAUUAUUAACAUCGACGUAAAUUUGCAAUAUAUACUUCUUGAAUGGUUUCUAAUGUAGCUUUAUAAGAGUUGUAUAUUCUUAUUACUUUUGUAUGUUGGUUUCUUCCAUGAUAAAUAGUCAUAAUAGUAUGGUUAAGUUUAAAAUUAUUGAAAAUUAUUAAGUUCUUUUCAAUUUUUCAUUGAAAUU